CAUCAGUUAAAAGAAGAAACAAUACUGCAGAUGAUGAGGAAGCAGAUGAUGGGCAAGGACCACAACCACCGCUCUCUGUUACACAAGAAACAAUACUGCAGUAUCCACAAUAUUUUGAUGCAUCAUCAGAAUACUGUAAAGAAGUUGUAGAGGCAACUCCGUUAAGGACGGUGUUGGUUGAUGAAAUCAUUGACUUGAGUCAAGCGGACACCGUUAAGCCAACUAGAGUGAAGAGGAAGAAUGAAAAGGAGGAUCGCACAUAUCCUGAACGUAGACGAGCUGUGAAGAAAUCAAAGUACCUUACAAGCCCAUAUGAUACUGCUGUCUACGAGUCAACUGCAACUAAAUUGCAGAAGGAUAUAUGCACCUAUGCAUGGAGCAGUUCAAUUGAUGAGGAGGAAAUUCUCUACUACUCCAAAUCACAUGACUUCUCUCUACAACGGAAAGAGUUAUGGACUCUAAACAAAGAUGAAUGGAUCAGUUGCUUUGUUGUAAAUAGUUGGGUAAAUUACUUGAAUUGGAGGCAACGAAAAGGACAAAUGACAAGGCUUGUUACACGAUAUAUCAAUUAUCAAUACAUGGAAAGACCGGAUGCACUGGAAAUAGAGCAACCAGCUGCGUUCAAUAACUUCAUUGCAAGACUGAAAUGGUUCAAGUACAUGGAUUGGAAGAAAAUUGACCCUACAAGUCUGGAAUACAUCAUGACGCCCGUAUUGAUUGGCAAUCCAGGGAGUCAUUAUGUGUGCUUUGUUGUCAAUUUGAAAAGCCACAGAUUUCAAUUCCUAAACAGCAUGUAUGGAGAUAAGUUGGAUUUGGACCCACCAAAUAUAUACAAAAAGAUGUUUGAUGUAUGGUUGAAGGAGGUGAAUGCAUUUCUUAUAGGAUUGUAUACUCAUAAAAAAAUGCCAUUGCCUUUCCACUUUAGCAAAUUUAGUUGGGAAUCUCCAAGAAUGCCAACUCAAAUUGAUAAAGACAAUUGUGGAGUGUUUUGCAUGAAGUUCCUUGAAGAAUGGCAAGGUGACCAUUACACCCAAAUGGAGUCUUUCAAAAAUUGGAGCCAACUCGGAAAGCGAGACAAAAUUGCAAGGGUGAUAGACUUCAGAAUUGGGAUAUUGUCCACAAUUUUAACCGACUCCAGCAAUUCAAUAAGACAAAAAGUGGAAAAGAAUGCAACUUCUUACUGUGAAGAACUGACUCAAAAGCUAGGAUGA